CAACAUUGACCCUGAACUCCCCAUUCUCCGGACCGGUUGCAGCGACCACAUCCAUGGUGGUGACCUAGCUGGGAUCUGGAAGAGGGAGUUCAAUCAUUCACAUUUUACUCUUAAAAGACAGGAUCAUGCGAUUUAUGAGAUCGUAUGUCCUCCCAAUGAAGAUGUAUUUAGACAAAUGAAACAAACAAAAUAACACACCAGCGGCGAAAACCAUUUGUAUCUGAAACUUCAUCCCCUCGUUGCCUCCAGGUAUUACCCCAUUCAGUAGAGCCUGAUAAACGGACACCAUGAGUCCUCAUCCAGUGGUCCAAGCCAUGAUUGAUCUCUCUGCUGGGGCUGUGGGGGGCACUGCGUGUGUCCUGAGCGGGCAGCCCCUGGACACGGCCAAGGUGAAGAUGCAGACCUUCCCCACCAUGUACAGGGGGUUCCUGGACUGUGUGACGUCCACCUACAGACAGGUGGGGAUGAGGGGUCUGUACCAGGGAACCACGCCGGCGCUGGUGGCCAACAUCGCGGAGAACUCGGUGCUGUUCAUGAGCUACGGAUUCUGCCAGCAGUUCGUCAGCUUCCUGGCCGGGAAGCCCAAAGAGGCGGGCCUCAGCGACGUGCAGAAGGCCUGCGCUGGUUCAGUGGCCUCCAUCUUCUCCUCCAUGGUUCUGUGUCCCACUGAGCUCGUCAAGUGCCGGCUCCAGGCCAUGUACGAAAUGGAGGCCUCCGGCAAAAUCACCAAGGGUCAAAACACGGUGUGGUCGGUGAUGAGGACCGUGAUGAGGACCGAGGGACCCAGCGGCUUCUUCCUGGGUCUCACCACCACCAUCGCCAGAGAGAUCCCCGGGUACUUCUGCUUCUUCGGGGCCUACGAGCUCUGCCGCUCCUCCUUCGCAAGCUACAUGAAAUGUGAAAAGGACGACAUAGGUGUGGCCCCCAUCAUGUUCAGUGGGGGGUUCGGGGGCGCCUGCCUGUGGCUAGUGGUCUACCCUAUGGAUUGUGUCAAGUCCCGCAUCCAGGUCAUGUCCAUGAGCAGCAAGCAACCUGGGUUCUUCAAAACCUUCACGGCCAUCGCACGCGCGGAAGGCGUGAGAGCACUGUACUCCGGGCUCACCCCCACCAUGAUCCGCACCUUCCCAGCCAACGGUGCCCUCUUCCUGGGCUACGAGCUCAGCAGGAAGCUCAUGAUGAAGCAGUUUGAUGACGUUUAAUCUACAGCCGACCACUCACUCCUCCACACAUCAAGCGUUGACGUUGGGACCCCCUGACUCCACCAGGAUUCUGGAGGGUGUCUACCUGCCAAGUCAUGGUCCUGUGUUCUUCUCCACAGGGCUUCAUGGUGUCAUGGGCAUUCUGUGGGCUCCUCUGUCUUGUUCGUGCCCUUUCGAAAAAGAAGCACACUCCCCUUUUUCUUUUAAAAAUGUUAGAGCCCACAAACAUUCCCGUCAGAUAGAAUCGUGUUUUUAAAAUAUCUAAUUUGUACAGUCCAAAUUUAUACAUGGUCUCUUCUCCCUUUGCGGGACAUGGUAUUGUUUUAACACUCCAUUGUUAAUACUGAAUGAAUUGUGAUUGCGUCUAAUACCUCAUUAGAAUUUAACUGUACUUCCGUUCUCUACUGUACGCACAAAUAACGGCUGCUGCUCAACAUUGAAUGGGAAGACGUUGUACGUCCUCACUCUCAUAUCCGUUGCUGCUCAGAGCAGGCUACCGUGUUCCUCUUCCCUCUGCAACAGCUCCACCUAGAGGAAGCUGUUGUGCCGUGAACUGCAACUGUAAGUGCAGUAAUUAUCAGACAGAUUUGUCUUUUUUUAAUGAAGCUUUAAAGCUCGUUCAUCCAGAGGGCGUUGAUGUGUUUUAUUUGUGAUUUUUAAUAAAAAUAAUAUUGAUUUAAUGUGAAAGGGUUUACGUUGAUGUCCUUCUCUUGGUGGCAUCAGAUAAAAAAAUGGUGAGUUUGACAGGAGUUUGAACCAUGCAGGUCUUCUUAUGGAUCUGGCACUCCAAUUUAUAUGAUCAAACUGUGGUUAAGCUUGUUGCCUUUUCAGUCACUGCCAUUUUAAUUGUUUUUGCUUUAGACCAAAAUGGCUUUGAUAGCGCUUUUUGUUUAUCUUAUUGUGUUGCUCUUUUUUUUGCCUUCUAACAGUGUUGAUUUACAGUAAGUGUUAACUCAAGUGUGCCUCAUUCAAGAAAAUGAAUAACAAUGUUUUAUAGAAGUUGUAUGACGGAUAGGUAUUGGGUUAUUUCCGUGUGAUGUAUGAUCUACAUUAAAUUAAGUGAAUUUUAAAUCUGGUUUAUAUUUUAUAUUGUUCAAUUCAAAUUGUGAGUGAGUAGAGAUUAUAUACGAUUUUUCAUAUUUGUAGAUUUGACAGACAAACAUAAUAUUUUCACAUUAUAGGGAUGUCCUGAUCCAAUCGGUAUUGGUGGGACAAAAGGCCUGUUCAUGGUCAUCAUGGUAAUAAAUCGUACGCGUGUUCCCGACAGCGA